AUGUCAGCUGAUGACCGAAAGCUCCUGCAGAUGAGAGAAAAGAGGAAAGAUUGCUCCACUGAUCUUGGAGUAAAGCAGGAUAAAGGAAAGCGACUGAAGGAUCAGAUGCUUCUGCUCAAAAGGCCUACAGCUAAUGCACUAAGACUUUCAGUAGAGGACACGGAAAAUGCUGAAAAGGCCAUUAUUUGCCACGAGCAGAGACAGCAUUUCAAAGAGGAUUUUGCCUUGCUGGAAAAAGCCAAACAGUGCAAUAGAGGAAGCUCCCUAUACAAGCUGGACUCUAUCAUUGAUGCUGGGAUUCUGAGAUUUCUUAACAACCUUUUUUCCCUUUUACAGCGCGAGUGCCUCUCAAUCCACGUUGGUCAGGCUGGUGUGCAGAUUGGCAAUGCCUGCUGGGAGCUUUACUGCCUGGAACAUGGGAUCCAGCCGGACGGCAGGAAGCCUGGUGACCAGAACAUCUCAGGAGGAGUGGACGAUUCCUACAACACCUUCUUCAGUGAGACUGGAGCUGGAAAGCACGUCCCCAGAGCAGUGUUUGUUGACCUGGAGCCCACUGUCAUCGAUGAGGUGCGCACGGGGACUUACCGCCAGCUGUUCCACCCUGAGCAGCUGAUCACUGGCAAGGAGGAUGCUGCCAACAACUACGCCCGAGGACACUACACCAUCGGCAAGGAGGUCAUCGACCUGGUGAUGGACAGAAUCCGAAAGCUGUCCGACCAGUGCACCGGUCUUCAGGGUUUCCUGGUGUUCCACAGCUUCGGAGGGGGCACCGGCUCUGGUUUCACCUCCCUGCUGAUGGAGCGUCUGUCCGUCGACUACGGCAAGAAGUCCAAACUGGAGUUCUCCGUCUACCCAGCUCCCCAGGUGUCCACCGCUGUGGUGGAGCCCUACAACGCCAUCCUGACCACCCACACCACCCUGGAGCACUCUGACUGUGCCUUCAUGGUUGAUAAUGACGCUAUUUAUGAUAUCUGCCGUAGAAACCUUGAUAUCGAGCGUCCCUCUUACACAAACCUGAACAGGUUGAUGAGUCAACUUGUGUCCUCCAUCACUGCCUCCCUUCGUUUUGAUGGUGCCCUCAAUGUUGAUCUGACAGAGUUCCAGACCAACUUGGUGCCCUAUCCCCGUAUCCACUUCCCUCUGGCCACCUAUGCCCCUGUUAUUUCUGCAGAGAAAGCUUACCAUGAGCAGCUCUCGGUGGCAGAAAUCACUAAUUCCUGCUUCGAGCCAGCCAAUCAGUUGGUGAAAUGCGACCCACGCCACGGUAAAUACAUGGCCUGCUGCCUUUUGUAUCGUGGUGAUGUCGUUCCCAAAGACGUGAACGCUGCCAUUGCCACCAUCAAAACCAAGCGCUCCAUCCAGUUUGUGGACUGGUGCCCCACUGGUUUCAAGGUGGGCAUCAACUACCAGCCGCCCACUGUAGUUCCUGGUGGAGACCUGGCCAAGGUCCAGAGGGCUGUGUGCAUGCUGAGCAACACCACUGCUAUUGCAGAGGCCUGGGCUCGGCUGGACCACAAGUUUGAUCUGAUGUACGCUAAGCGUGCCUUUGUGCACUGGUAUGUGGGUGAGGGUAUGGAGGAGGGAGAGUUCUCUGAGGCCAGAGAGGACAUGGCCGCUCUGGAGAAAGAUUACGAGGAGGUUGGAGCUGAUAGCCUGGGAGAUGUGGAUGAGGAAGGAGAGGAGUAUUAGAAAGCUUUAUUGAUCUCUGAUCCAUGCUGUUUUAUUAACGUCAAGAAAAUAA